AUGGCGAGUUUGAGGCGCUGCAAGUUCAGGGCGGUGUUGGCGGCGCUCUGCUCGCUCCGCCCGCCGACUGCACCCAGCUGCAAAGUUAAGCUGUGCCAUAUAUCGGAGCGCUGCCUCCCUGAUAUCCCGCUGCCAACCUGCGACGGGAGUGAAUGUCGCGAGGCCUCCGUCUCGGAUCCUUUGGACCACACGCUCAGUGAGAAGGUCAGCGCCGGCGUCGUUCAGGAUCCUGAUCGGAGGAAAGUGACCCUCCGGCCUGGAAGCGACCUCAAAUUUGUCCGCAUGUCCCCUUCCAAGAGACGGAGCAACCUCGGCCACGAGACCCAGGAGAUUCCGGAUGAUACGCCAUAG